AUGCUGGGCCCUGAUGUGGUGAUGGAUUCGAAAAGGAUGGGCAGGUCAGCAGAGAAUCAGGCCAGGAACUUGGAAGUGGAUGCUGGAAAGAGAUCGGUUUUGUUGAGGUUGCCUCCCCUUCCUGCCUGCCUGGUGCAGGACUUGGGUGCCUGGAGGGCCAAGAGGAGCCUCCUGACUCAGCACUCACCUCAUCACAGGUGGAGCAUUUCAGGAGGGAAGGAGAUCUCCAACCCCAGCAAGAACUUGUUCCGCCAUCAGCUAUGUGGUGUCUGUGCAAGAACCCCCCCCCAGGAAGAUUUUGAAAUGAAGCAGCUCUACAAUAGAUCGGCUUGCAACCACACCCUCCUGGAGCCCCUCGUUUUCUUCCUGUCUGGGAUUCCUGGCCUGGAACAAGCUCACCCCUGGAUCUCCAUCCCCUUCUGCUCCAUGUUUGUCAUCUCCCUUCUGGGCAACGGCACCCUCCUCUAUGUGAUCAAGACAGACCUGAGUCUCCACAAACCCAUGUUCUUCUUUCUCUCCAUGCUGUCCUCCAUUGAUCUGGUGUUGUCCCUCACCACCAUGCCCAAAACCCUGGGCAUCUUCUGGUUCAACGCCGGGGAGAUUGGGUUGGUUGGCUGCCUGGUGCAGAUGUUUUUCCUCCACUCCUUUUCCAUCAUGGAGUCUGCAGUGCUCUUGGCCAUGUCCUUUGACCGCUACAUGGCCAUUUGUUACCCCCUGAGGUACCACAGCAUCCUGACUCAUUCACUGGUGGCCAAAGCGGGGCUGGUAGCUUUGAUGAGAGCGGUUGCCCUGACGCUGCCCCUGCCCUUCCUGCUCCGGAGACUGUCCUACGGCCACUCCUUCAUCAUUGCCCACUGCUACUGUGAGCACAUGGCCGUGGUGAGGCUGGCCUGUUCCAACACCCGCUUCAAUAAUAUCUACGGGAUCUUCGUAGCUCUCCUGAUUGUUGGCUUUGACUUGGGCUUCAUCGUGCUCUCCUAUGCCAAGAUCCUCCGAGCUGUCUUGAGCUUGGCUACCAAGGAGGAACAGCUCAAAGCCUUUGGCACCUGCCUGUCUCAUGUCUGCGCCAUCUUGGUCUUCUACGUUCCUGUGGUGCUCUCCUCCGUCAUACAGAGGUUUGGCCACCAUGUUCCCCCCUACAUCCACAUUCUCUUGACUAACUUCUACCUGCUCUUCCCGCCAAUGAUGAACCCCAUUAUCUAUGGGGUGAAGACAAAGCAGAUCCGAGAGAAAGCAAUGGCCCUGUUUAGGGUGACCUGUUCCUUAUGGGGUAAGAAGGUCUCCCAGAAUAUCUGUUGGGGUAUUGUGAAGAUUAUUCAGGCUAUCCGAUGGAUAGCUUUGCUCAGAUCCACUUUACUGUGGACUCUGAUACAACAGGGCAGGCUGAGGUUCUUGGAUGUAUAG